UUUUCUCUGACGCCAUCUAAGUGCGCCCGAUAGAGCCGCCUGCUGUGUUUAGUUCCCCUGUUGUCGCCUUUCUCUCAGUGUCACAAGCUAAAGUAUUUGACUGGGUUCUUUAAUUUUAAAUACCUAGCUUUCAGUAACUUAGGCUCUAAUAUUAAAAUUUGUCGUUUACGAGGGAGGCAAUUAAUCUAGACGAAGAUCGUGUAACAAGUCAAUUAGCCGCACUAGCUAACAGGUUUUCUUUUUCCUGGCGUCAUUUCCUACUUUUGAAAAUCGCGGCCAGAAACAGACAUGGAGUUACAAGUGGGCACUGAACCCAUGGCCAUAGGCUCCCCCACCUCACCUAAGCCAACAUCUGGAGCCCAGUUUUUGCCUGGCUUCCUGAUGGGGGACCUUCCAGCUCCUUCUACCCCCCAGCCACGAGCAUUCAGCCUGGCAUCGCCCAUCACAGAGAGCACAGGUGGUGGAGGGGGGGGAUCUGCCCCACAGCCUGUCGUACCCACCCCAAAAGAUAAAAGUGGAGCCCCACCUGUCCGCAGUAUCCACGACGACUUGGCUGCAGUAGGGACGCCUCUCAGCGCGCACAGGCCAAUUACUAAACAGGCUUUCCCAGUGAUGCAGUCUCCUUUGUCUGCACGCCAGGCUUUUACUCCAGGAACAGGUGUGCAGCAGAUGUGCUUGUCUCCAGCUCAGGUGGAUCCCUUCUACAGUCAAGGAGAGUCCCUGUCAUCUGACGAUCAGCUGGACCAAACCUGGGUCACCGUGUUUGGGUUCCCUCCAGCCUCAGCCUCUUACAUCCUGCUGCAGUUUGCUCAGUAUGGAAACAUCAUAAGACACAAGAUGGCAUCUCCCGGUAACUGGAUGCACCUUCAGUAUCAGUCCAAGCUACAGGCCAGAAAAGCUCUGUCUAAGGAUGGGAAAGUUUUUGGUGAUGCCAUCAUGGUGGGAGUGAAAUCCUGUAUAGACAAGAGCGUAAUGGAGUGUGGCGAUGCUGUCUCUUCUCCCCUCGCCACGUCUUUUUCAACUUCUACCCUUCCCUCUACUCCUCGCUCAGCUAUCAGACCACUCAGCGCUGCCUACAGGAACUCUGGCAGUGACUACCAGGUGGUAGCAGACAGACAGACGCCUAGGAAGGACGACAGCUUUGUUUCAAAGGCAAUGGAGUACAUGUUUGGCUGGUGAUGGUACAUCAUGAGAUACCUGCAGGCUCGGAUGAGAAAGCACGUCAAUAGACAGAUGAACUGAUUCACUACACCGGGGAGGGGGAUUUUUAUGUCUUUGUCUUAAUAAAGUAUCUGACUUGUUUGA